AUGGACUCACCCAUCUCUCGACCAGCCACGUCUCAGUCUGACACUCGGAGUACGUCGUCAACCGACAAGUAUCAACAUGAGCCUUUCGAAACCUUCAAAGAAAAGAUUUUGGCCUUGUCCACAGGCAUUCGGGCAUCAAGCAUUGACGACCUCCGACGUAUGCAAGGUGGAAGCUACAACCGUGUGGUAUUAGCCCACGUAAACUGGAAGCCAGGGGCGCUGACGCCGCCCAAUGUGAACGAAGUCAUCUUCCGCAUGCCUCGACAACCCGAUGAAGAAGAUGUCUCCGAGGCUGUUCAGUCACAAGUGGCGGUCAUGAAGUUUGUUCGACAGCACGGCAUCCCGGUAGCUGAGGUGAUAGAGUUCGAUGCUACCGUGGACAAUGCCAUAUGUUCGCCAUAUACCGUCCUUUCUUACGUCGAUGCCCCGAGGCUGGAUCAGGUUUACGACGACAUGAGUUUAAACGAAAAGCUUCACUUUGUGACGCAAUACAAACACAUUCUCGCCCAGCUCGAGGAAGUGCAAUUCCCACGGGCCGGAAGUCUCCACUGCACCGAGGAAGCAGUGCAUGUCGUACAUUGGUGUUGGGCUAAUUCUAGUGGCCCUUACCAUGUGGAAGCGGAUGCCGAGAGUUGUAGCGUCCACCUUUCCCGGCGGCGUGCGAGCGACGGCAGUGAUGUUGGGAAGUCCGCGCUGUCGUUGAUAGAAGCACAGCUUGCUGAGCGACAGGCCCAGCUGGACGAUGACAUCGAAACCGGACAGCACGUGGAGUACAAGAAAGAAUACUUCGACAGGCUUCAAAGGAUAUGUGUCCAGAUGCGGCAAGACAAGCGCUACAGUAGGGCCUGGCAAGAGGAUGUCAGUGUGCUGCAUCACUGGGACCUUGAGCCUCGCAACAUCUUGGUCCAGCACGAAGACGAAGGGACACGCAGUCGCUGGAAGAUCAAGGCAGUCUUGGAUUGGGAUGAUGCUCUUGCGGUGCCGACAAUUCUCACUCGUAAGCCAGCUAUCUGGCGCUGGGACAGGUCGUGCCUGCAUAGCUCGCUCACACCACCGGACAAAUUUUUCGACUGGGAUGCAGAUACCCUGCAGCCAGACCACUAUUCGGGGCUGACGGGAGAGCCACAAAUCGUCAAGCAGCGUUUCGAGGCCCUAUACCGGAACCAAGUCAUAUCAAUCAACGGCAAAUGGGACAUUGAAGAGUACGUAGAUGUGGCGUAUCAGACUGGCCGCUGGCUCCGUAACCUGGAGCGAUUCACCAUGUGUACCUUUUCAGAGAAGUCCGAAGUGGAUCUGCUCGAUCGUAUGGAACUGGAAUAG